GUUCCCCAAACCUACCUACCUAGGUAGGUAGGACCUUCCCUGAAAAGGUUAAUGCUUAUUAGGGGAGAGCUUCACCGGGCUACCCACAGUAAGAUAGUGCCCCAAAUCGUAGGGGUAAUGGUCAAGGUGACCAAUCAAAAUCAUUUAAAUUCGAUUACCUUUUAGCACCCCGACUCAACUUGAACUUGAACCGAGGCUCGUCCCCAGGUCCACCUACUUCUUGAGCUGACGUCAAAAAGGAGCUGGGAAUCUUCUCUAGAUUGCCAGCUCCUUUUUGCUGGAUUUUAUUCUCUCUUUAUAUUGGAGUUUGUGAAUUAUUCCGGUCCCGUGGGUUGAAGCACGGCCCUCUUACUCUGUAUGAAUAGUGUCAUUUAUUCAAGAAAUAUAAUACCUUCGAUCGCUCCCAACGCGAAUUCUGGACACCUUACUUCAUAGCGACAGCGACGACGAUUCCUUCCUGCAACUAUCACAAUGUCUAAGACAUUUACCCGCGCCGAAGUGGCGAAACACAACACCGAAGACUCGGUGUGGUUCGUAAUCGACAGCAAAGUUUACGAUGUAACCGACUUCGUCGAUGCCCACCCCGGCGGCGAGUCCGUCCUCCGCCAAGUCGCUGGUGAGGAUGCCACCGUCGCCUUCUACAACCUCCACCGACAUGAAGUCCUAUCCAAGUACGAAGACCUCUGCAUCGGCACUCUCGAGGGCGAGAAGCCGCAGGUCAUCACACCAAAGCCCGGCGACCUUAGCACGGUCCCCUACGCUGAGCCUUUAUGGCUGAACCCCGUUUACAAGAGCCCCUACUACAACGAAAGCCACCGGCGAUUACAGAAGGCGAUGCGCGAGUUCACCGAGGUCUACCUAUACCCCGAAGCCCAAGCCCGCGAAGCCGAUGGCAAGUAUAUCAGCCAGGAGGUCGUUGAUCGCAUGGCGUCGAAGGGAAUAUUACAUAUGGCGCUGGGACCAGGCAAACAUCUCCAUGGUGUUGAGUUGCUUGACGGUGCUGUCAAGGGCGAGGAGUACGAUUACUUCCACGAUCUGAUUGUGUCCCAAGAGCGUGUUCGCACCAAUGCGCGAGGCUUCCAGGACGGUCAACUGGCUGGCAUGGUGAUCGGCUUGCCCUGUAUUAUGAACUAUAUGAAGGACCAAAAGCGCAAGAAGGCUAUCUUCGACGAGGUUCUUGGCGGCAAGAAGUUCCUAUGCUUAGCUAUUACCGAGGCCUUUGCUGGAUCCGAUGUAGCUGGUCUGCGAACUACUGCUACUAAGACACCCGAUGGCAAGCACUACAUUGUCAACGGUACCAAGAAGUGGAUUACCAACGGCUCCUUCUGCGAUUACUUCGUCACCGGUGUUAAGACCGAUAAAGGCCUGAGCGUUCUACUCAUCGAGCGUGGCGAGGGUGUCGAAACGCGCACCAUUAAGACGUCCUACUCAACCGCCGCCGGUACCGCAUAUAUCACCUUCGACAACGUCAAGGUCCCCGCCGAGAAUCUCCUCGGCGAAGAGAACAAGGGUAUCUACGUGAUCCUCAGCAACUUCAACCACGAGCGAUGGACCAUGGCCUGUGCCACCAUCCGCGGCUGUCGCACAGUCGUCGAAGAAUGUCUCAAAUGGGCACACCAACGCAUCGUCUUCAACAAGCGUCUAAUCGAACAACCCGUCAUACGACAAAAACUCGCCAAAAUGAUCGCGCUUUGCGAGUCGCACCAAGCAUGGCUCGAAACUUUAACAUACCAGAUGUGCAACAUGCCAUAUAAGCAACAAGCGCAACAUCUAGGUGGACCGAUCGGGUUACUGAAGAUGAGCGCUACGCGAGCGGCACAUGAUAUCGCUGAUGAUGCAGUGCAGAUCUUUGGUGGCCGCGCGUUGACGCAGUCGGGCAUGGGACGUGUGGUGGAAAUGUUCAGUCGUACGUAUAAGUUUGAUGCGAUACUGGGUGGUGCGGAGGAGGUUUUGGGCGAUUUGGGAGUUAGGCAGGCUAUGCGGCAGAUGCCGAAUGCGAAGUUAUAAGGUAACUUUGCUUGAAUAACCUGGGUUAACUUGGGGGUAUGCAAGAGUGGGCAGGUUAUGUCUAUGUCUUCAUAUACGGACUUGGGAUUCUACUGUGUAUACUCGUGUAUAUAUACGGCUGGGCGCACAUACUGUGUUACUAUGGAGACUUGUGGUGUAAGAGCUAUAGCAUAAGCCACGGAGUCAAGGAAAACUUCGAAUUUACAUCAAGAAACACGAAAUAUUCAUACAUCUAUAUUACACAGUGG